AUGAAUCCCCCUAUGUUCUAUGGGCCAAAAGUGGAUGAAGACCCACAAGGGUUUAUUGAUGAAGUGUUUAAGGUGCUUGAUGUUAUAGGAGUGUCUCCACAAGAGAAGGCGGAACUAGCCGCCUACCAAUUGAAAGAUGUGGCUCAAGAUUGGUAUGAGAAAUGGGAGGAUGAGAGACUCAGGGAAAGAAUCGAUGAUGGAAAUUCUUCCAAGGGUAAAUUUGAGGUUCAAGGUAAGCCAAGGUUCAAAAAAAGGUUUUCCAACCAAGGCUCUUCUAGUGCUCCAAAGGUCAUCAAAGAUAGGGAGUCUAACCCUAAGCCACAAGGAGGUAAUAGUGGUAGCUCUUAUGUUGAAAGACCUAGUUGUGCAAAGUGCGGCAAAAUGCAUGAUGGCAAGUGCUUAGUUGGCACGGAUGGUUGCUUUAGCUGUGGGAAGAGCGGCCACAUGAAGAGAGAUUGUCCCAUGCUAAGGGCUCAAGGAAGAGAGGGCAAGCAAGUCCCUCCUAGUGGUUCAAAUUCUGAUGCUCCCAAGAAGAACCACUUUUAUGCUCUUUAA